UACAAAAACAUUUUCUCUUUUUAGCUUUCUGAUCUUAUGAUCAUCAACAUACACCACAAGCAAAAAUGUGUGGAGGUGCGAUCAUCUCCGACUUCAUUGAGGCUCGACGAGGUCGGAAAAUGACUACCCAAGACCUCUUGGCCGAAUUCGAUACGUUCUUCGACAAUCCAAACUCCGGCGGUUCCAACAAGUUCAAUCAAACUAAGGGUUCAAAUGAAACGAACGUGAAAAAGGCAAAGCUUACGAAACAAGGAGGAGGUAGAGCAAGGAAGAACGUUUACAAAGGAAUCAGACAGAGGCCUUGGGGGAAAUGGGCAGCUGAAAUUCGCGAUCCACGGCAAGGUGUUCGAGUUUGGCUUGGUACGUACAACACUGCUGAAGAAGCAGCUAGAGCUUACGACGUUGCAGCCAAGCGCAUUCGAGGUGACAAAGCCAAACUCAAUUUUCCUGAUGAACAGCACUCACAAGAAGAACCAUUGCCGCCGCCGCCGCCAUCAGCACCACCGUCCAAAAGGCGAUGUUUGAGUUCCGGUUCGACUCAGCCGAGUUAUUAUGAACCAACUUUCAUGCCCUAUGAUCACAAAUCACCUGCUGCUUGGUCAGGAAAUACUACAACAAUUCCUACUGGAAGUGAUGAUCAGAGCAGCAGCGAACUGAAAGAGCAGAUAUCAAGCUUGGAGUCAUUCCUAGAGCUGGAUACUGACGAGUUAUUAUGUGAAUCGUCUGAGUCGGUUGAUAUGUGGUUUUUAGACAGUGCUCCUGCUCCUACCGGUUACCUCAACUUUUACUGAAUCAUAUCAUGUAACUCGUUACGAGUCGAAUCGGUUGCCUAAAUAUGUGUGUCGCUUGUCGUCAUGUUAAAGUCUGAGGUACUCUUUUCGGUGCAUAAACAAAUAAUUUACUAUAUUUAAAUAAGGUUAUGCACGUACGUUUCUUUUGCGUCA